AUGCUCAGCAACAGAGAUAUCGUCGCCCUCCAGAAGAUCUACGAUCACAGUUACCUCAGCUGCUCAAAGGCUGUGUAUUACGAAGACCAGGGCGACGAAAACGAGGCGACUCGACACUGGCGAGCCGCACUUCGACGAAUAAAUGAAUACUACGCAUCGUCAAAUGCACCACGACUCUCCGUAUCCUACACCGACACGGACGCUGCCCUGAUAGACGCGCUGAAAGAGCUGGAACUACAAUGCAAGGAAAGGCUUGAUCUUCUGGAAGCGCUUAGGCUGUCUCGCGAGGACAGCCUUGCCGCCUCGGCGAGCCGUGACUACACCACCCCGACCACGCAGGCCUCGGGCAGCACCAACCAGACCCCGGGGACGAUAGGCCAGGGCACCAUUCCUGCAGUCACGUACUCGGAACUCUCACGUCCUGUCUUCUCCCCACGGACUUCACUCGACGCAAUGACGUCAUCUGAAGAUACGAUCAGGAGGGUUCGUAGCACCCCUGCCGAUUCAGCGCAGCGGUCCUAUUCACGUCCCAACUCGCGGACGCCUGAUCUGCUUGGCUCGCAGAGCGACAACCCAGCUCGCCCUUCAAGCCCCGAGAGACACACCAUGAGGACAACACUGCGGUCCAAGAAGACCAGCGAUCGGCCGUCUGUUACUCGCAGAUUGAGCAGACCUGCGGCGGAUGGGCCAAGCAAGGCCGCGACAUUAGCAUGGAGCUCUUCCGCAGCCCAAACCAACUAUCUCCGGCCCUUGCCUGGUGAACGACCGUCGCCCAAAUCAAGCCCUGCACCGCGCCAGUCGCUGGAACGCGGCUCGCCCAGUUCACAAAGGCCGACGCAGUUGUACGAGCCAAGAUCUUCACGCACGUCGCCUCAGAAAUGGAUGUCCGACGAAUCUCGCCUCCCACAACCUUCUGUUCUGUCUAUUAGCGCAGCAUCAAGCGCACUGACGUCUUCGACCAGCCCAGAGCCCUCCAUGCCGUAUCAAACGCCAAGUAAAUCAGAGCAAUAUCUAACGCCUAGGAGGCCGUUCGUUUACGAGGAAUCUCCAAGUCAAAGCAGAAGAGGGAGCACUAAAGCUGGUGCUGGCAGCAAUAUCGGAACUCCACUGUUAUACAAAUACGACACCGAGCGAGGAGAUCGGCUCCGAGAUGAUACCAGGCAAUCAUACUUUUACACGUCGAGCUACGCUGUUGACACGCCUCAAAGAAAGGCCGAGCUUGCGAACCCGAGGUUGAGUAGGCGCCGCUCAAGUGAAGAUGCUGUCGGAGGUACGACGAGGGAGGACCAACACGAUAAAACUCAGAAGAAGAAGUCGACGGCAGCUAUCCUCAAGAACCUGCCACCAGGGAUAGAUGAGGGCGCUGCAAAGCAGAUCCUCAACGACAUCGUUGUCCAAGGGGAUGAAGUCCACUGGAGCGAUAUUGCUGGCCUGGAGGUUGCGAAGAAUUCGCUACGGGAGACGGUAGUGUAUCCGUUCCUACGACCGGACCUCUUUAUGGGCUUACGCGAGCCGGCUCGCGGAAUGCUCCUGUUUGGACCACCGGGAACCGGAAAGACAAUGCUGGCACGCGCUGUUGCCACCGAAUCCAAGUCCACUUUCUUCUCCAUCUCCGCCAGCAGCUUGACCAGCAAGUAUCUCGGGGAGUCUGAGAAACUAGUCAGGGCGCUUUUCGGUCUCGCCAAAGCGCUUGCUCCCAGUAUCAUAUUCGUUGAUGAGAUUGACUCGCUAUUGUCCCACCGAUCAGAUGCUGGCGAGCAUGAGGCGACUAGAAGAAUCAAGACGGAGUUCCUCAUUCAGUGGAGUGAGCUUCAGCGAGCAGCCGCCGGUCGGGAGACGAGCAGCAGUGCAAAUCCGCGCAACGAAGCCCAGAGGGUUCUGGUGUUGGCUGCUACAAACUUGCCAUGGGCGAUUGAUGAGGCCGCACGGCGACGAUUCGUGCGCCGCCAGUACAUCCCAUUGCCCGAGCCGCAGACGCGAGAGACUCAUCUCAGGACAUUAUUGCGUCAACAGAACCACAGCUUGACAGACGAAGAUAUAGCGAAGCUUGUACAGUUGACCGAUGGAUUCUCGGGAUCUGAUAUCACAGCUCUUGCCAAGGACGCAGCCAUGGGGCCGUUGAGGUCUUUGGGCGAGGCUCUGUUAUACAUGACAAAGGAUGAAAUCCGACCCAUGGAUCUUUCAGAUUUUGAGCAGAGCUUAAAGUCGAUUCGACCAAGUGUCGACAAGGAAGGCUUGAGGGAGUACGAAGAAUGGGCCGAGAAGUUUGGCGAGCGUGGUGGCUAA